AUGGAGUCAUUAUCAAAAGCAAAUGAGCCGUUUCCUACGCCUCCACCGUACCUCUUACAAGAUGAAAGUCAAGCAGAUGUGAGGAUCUACCACAUUCACUCACCCUUCAGCCCUGCACCACCUCCUCCUUCAUUCUCCUUUUCUCCUGGAGUUGCCUGCUCGACUCUACCAGUGUCUGAUUCCUAUCCAUCUACUCCGAGGCCGAAGUUUGUGAGCUACGAGACCGAGCUCUAUCGCUCUCCAGCUCUGACAGCAUGCCCCUCUUGUCAGACUCAGGUCACCACGCAGGUCACCUUCAAAGUUGGGAAACACGCAUGGCUCAUGUGUCUUGUGUUCGUGCUAUGCGGGUUGGUGCUUGGCUGCUGCCUGAUUCCAUUCUUUGUAAAGAACUUCAAAGAUGCCUAUCACACCUGCCCUCGCUGUCGACGGGUCCUCCACAUACACAGGAAGACCUGCUGUGAAUGA